AUGGUCACUUGCAUUAUAUGUGGUUACGGCGUCGGCAACUUCAAUCCAGGUCAUAAUCAUGCCCGGAGUAUCUUUUCGGCGAAUAAGAAAUGGGUAAAAUACCGCAACGGCCCUGGAUAUCACUUCCUAAACGCAGACGAAGUCGAGAAAACGUAUUUUGACAAUGAAUAUUUUCGGUGGAAGGGAUUUUAUCGUUUGAUCAUGUACAAUCCACUUCAGAGCAAAUACUGGCUUUCAGGCAUCGGCCAGCAUACCAGCGAUCUUCAUUCUAUAGGCGAGUUUCCUGCGCCUACGGAUUACAACAAGGCGUUUAUUGGAAUUCCGCCUCAAGGCACUGCAGGCCUUACUCCCUUUUAUGAUGCGAAAUCGUUUGAUUGCUUAGGGCUCCCAGUCAUUGUACAUAUGAGAUGCUGGAAUCUGGCGCAAUGGGUCCUGGGCUCUACGCUAGAGAUAAAUCUAGAGCUAUUCGUGGCCAUUACCUUGAAGAAUGUUAGAAAUUUAACGCUUCGAAAAGACGCUGCUGGGGUUCGCUCUUCAUUGCCACAUACGAACUGUAAGAUAAUCGAUGCAAUGGGAAAAUUGCCGGUUGAGCUAACAACUUCCAAAAUAAGCAAUGAAUUUUGA